AGUCAUAUACCCCUCAACAAUGCUAUUCUCAAUGCUUCUGGUUUUACCGGCUUUAGUCUAUGGCACAACUAGCAGUUCCGACACAUUUUAUGGAGCAAAACUGACACCAGUAGAGGGUUCAGAAGAAGGACAGAUUGACCGACUAGUGAGUAGGGUGAGUAGGGAGCAUCAGUCACCGAAGACUACUAUGGGCCAUAUGUCACGAGGUAUCAGUUGGCCGCAACAUCGAUGUAGGAGACUUGGGCCGGAAUUUACGGCAUGUUCUCGGCGAUUUAGUCACGAAGAAGUAUUCUGCAUUCGGAUAGGACAAAUGUGCGAUGGCACGCAAGAGUGCCCGUAUGCAGAUGAUGAGGAUCCGACGUUGUGCCUUUUUCACCGACUGUCCAUGGAUGAAAUGAGCCGCAUCAGACUGGCAUUUAGCCACAUAGCCGAGAAAAGCAUGCAUCGAAAACAAAGUGUUAUAUGGACAGACGAAGAUGGAAAAAAGAGAAACCAGAAUGGAGAAUAUAUUGUGUAGCAUGAUGAGGGGAUAAAUUGUUGAUG